AAGCAGUAGCAAAAACUAGAGCAACAAAAGGGCAAUUAUAUUUCUUAUUCCUCUUUUGGUUGGCAACUUUAGAUUAGAUAUCUAACUCAGAUUUUGGCCAUUAUCAUCAGCAGCAUCAUGUCUUCAUCAAACAGACACUGGCCUAGCAUGUUCAAAUCCAAGCCCUGCAACACUCACCACCAAUGGCAGCAUGACAUCAACCCAUCUCUUAUGUCAGGUGCUUGCCAAAAAGCCCCUUACACUUCAGGAUGUGAAGAGCGUAGUCCUGAGCCUAAACCAAGAUGGAACCCGAAGCCUGAACAAAUUCGCAUACUGGAAGCUAUAUUCAACUCCGGGAUGGUUAACCCACCUAGGGAUGAGAUCAGGAAAAUCAGAGCUCAACUGCAAGAGUAUGGCCAAGUAGGCGAUGCCAAUGUCUUUUACUGGUUCCAGAACAGAAAAUCAAGAAGCAAACACAAGCUGCGAAAUCUCCAAAAUUCUAAACAACAGUUGCAGCAAAAUCAACAAGCUCCUCCUAUCACUAAUAUCUCCACCAUCUCUGCGCCUUCCUCUUCAUCAUCCUCAUCCGAGAAAUCUUCGCCAAAAGGAGCUAACAAGAGUACCUUCUCUUUGAGCUCUACAAAUGUCGUUGACGUUUCCAGUUCUCCAACUGCUUCCGUGAACCAGACCUACUUUCAUCAGCCUCAGAACGAGUUCUUGAACGAACCGUUUUUCUUUCCCAUGCAACAGCCUGCUGGAGGAUCCGGAUUUACACAAGCGUUUGGCUUCUCAGAACUGACCAAUGUGAUUCAAGUCCCUGAACAAACAGUUGGACCCUGUACAAGUCUAUUGUUGAGUGAGAUCCUAACGCACGGAGCUUCAAGGAAAGGAGAGGAAAAGAUGGAUAUGCAGCUCCAGCUUAGUUACAGUACUAUGACAACUGCUCCUAGUACUAACCCUAUUGCUCCUCAUACUGAUUCCACCAGUGCUACAGUUACUGUUCCAUCUAAUACUCACCACAUUCACGGUGUUGGGGAACCGGCUGCAGUGGGCCAUGGAGAUCUGGGUAGAUCAACGGUGUUCAUCAAUGAUGUUGCAUUUGAGGUGACGGUGGGUCCGUUCAACGUGCGGGAGGCUUUCGGAGAUGAUGCAAUCUUGAUUAACUCCUCUGGUCAACCUGUCCUCACCAACGAGUGGGGCUUGACCCUUCAGUCCCUUCAACAUGGUGGAUUUUACUAUCUGGUUCGCUCAUUAAGCCCCUUUUCCAUCUAAGGAAGGUUUAGGGAUGUGGAAAUGGAAGCUUUUUCCUCUCUCUGAUCAAUCCCUCCAUCUCUCUUUAUUCUCAAGGUUGAACUUUAGCUAGUACUUAGGGCUCUCUCUCUCUAUAUAUAUAUAUAUGUUAUGGAUAUGUAGUAUGAAAACUUUGUGAACCAAAGUGUUCUCUAAUUUCUCGUUAAGACAAUGUGUAUGAAUUAUAUAUGCUAUUUUACUUUCGAUAUGCAAGAAAUAUUGCAAACUA